AUGUCUGUCCGAAUCCCGCUCGACGCGUUGACGUCUCGUCUCAAUUUCUCAGACCGCUUCAGCAGUGUUCGCUCGCAAUCCCUUGCCCAGCGCUUUGCCAACAUCAAACCCAUCUCCGAGUUCCUAGACUUGAAGAGACUGUCAAAACCAGCCAACUUCGGCGAGGUACAGGCCAGAGUCAACUACAACCUGAGCUAUUUCUCCAGCAACUAUGCCGUCGUGUUCUGUAUGCUUUCGGUAUACUCCUUGCUCACAAACUUGUGGCUGCUCUUCGACAUCAUUUUGGUUGUUGGUGGCAUGUGGGCUAUAGGGAAACUUGGUGGUUCGGAUCUUGAAAUCGGUACAUUCAGAGCUACAAGCUCCCAGCUUUACACUGGCCUGGCAUGUAUUGCUGUCCCCGUUGCGUUCAUUUCUUCGCCUAUUGCAACCUUCCUGUGGCUCAUUGGAGCUACUGGUGUCACAAUUCUGGGCCAUGCCUCACUCAUGGAUAGGUGA